GCUGUACGUAAUGCGGAAGUGACAGGCCAGCGCGCCAAAUUGACACUGCCAACAAAGGGAAAGCUGGAAAUAAGGCUUAUUGACUUUCUUCACAGUUAACAACUAAACUCAAACUGCGUUAGAUUAAAUAGUUUACAGGAUGGGUUUACUCGAGAGGUGCCAGGAGCUGUUCAAGACCUCAAACCCCUACGAGGUGCUGGGCAUCAACAGAGAGGCGACCGAGGCUGACAUCAGGAGGAGCUACUACAAAGUCUCUCUGAAGGUCCACCCGGACCGGGCUCCUGAAGACCAGCAGGCCACAGAGAAGUUCCAGGUGUUGGGAAAGGUGUAUGCGGUGCUGAGCGAUAAGGAGCAGAGAGCUGUUUAUGAUGAGCAGGGGACGGUAGAUGAAGAGUCUGACCUCCUGAGUAAAGAGCGCUGCUGGGAGGACUACUGGAGACUGCUUUUCCCCAAGAUUACGGUGAAGGACAUCCUUGAAUUUGAGAAUAAAUAUAAGGGCUCCGAUGAGGAGCGGCUGGAUGUGAUCCAGCUGUACGUGCAGCACGAGGGAAACAUGGACGCCAUCACAGCUUCGGCCAUGUGCUGCUCCCAGGAAGAUGAGCCCAGGCUCUGCAGCAUCAUCCAGGCAGCUAUCGAGAGCGGAGAAGUCGCGGCGCUUCCGGCGUUUACGCAGGAGACCGAUAAGAAGAAGAGGGCUCGUAGGAAGAGGGCUGAUAGAGAGCGACAGGAAGCAGAGGAAAUGCAGAAAGAGAUGGGGCUCGGUGAAGAGGAUGACAGUCUUGUGAUGAUGCUUAAGCAAAAACAGAAGUCCAGAGAGCAGAAUUUCAACGGCUUCUUGUCUGACCUGGAAGCAAAAUAUGCCAAAAAAAGUGGUGCCAAAAAAGGAAAAAGAGGGAAAAAGUGAGAAGCAUACAGGCUCUGGUUGUAGCAGAUAAAAUGUAUAUAGAUGGUGGCACUUGUUCAAAAAACACCAUUUAAGAUCAAUAAGAGCGUUCAAGUAACAUGUAUGAGCAGCAGCUGUCUAACUGCUCUAACUUCUGUAUGUCCUUGAUCUGGCCUUUGUAGCUUUUUAUGUGACGCUUAUCGAAAUGUAAAUGCAUCUUUUAUUCUUUUCACGUGUUUUGUUUUGUGUGAAAUUCUUCAUAAAACAAGAAUAAAUUCAUAUUUAUAUA